AUGUCGCUACGCUCACUGUGCCCUCUCGUGCGCCCGCUCCACACUCGCGCGCUGCACACGACAUGUGCAGUUCGGAAAGUCGACGACCUCUUGGCCAAGUUCAAGAACCCGUCGUCGCCAUACUACAUGGCUCCUGGCGAAGUUGGUCCCGCCUCACCUGACGACCAUACCGUCUCCCGCCCGCUUCCGGAGGAGGAUGUAGAUUGGGUUGCGCCGCCGUUUACUAGGCAUGAUCGGGCCCCGAAAUUGCCCCAUAUGGAUCGGGGGUAUGAUCGGCAACGGGCGACGGUGCACGAGUGGUUCGACUCGAAUGGGUUCGAUUCCGAGGGGCGCGUCGAGUGGCCCGUGGCGUGGGGCGACAGCGACAUGUACCGACACAUCAACAACGUCUCGUACUGCCGCUAUGUCGAGUCUGCGCGGAUGAAAUGGAUCGAGUCGCUCGUUCCCGACCUUGGUGAGGUCGGGCAAGACUACCUUUACGGCCGGCGCACCGGCUUCAUCCUCAAAGAACAGGCGGUACGAUAUCGCUACCCCGUAACUUACCCCGAUUCACUCAUCAUCGCAAGCAAACCACACUCGAUCAAACCCGAGCGCUCAGAGUUCAAGAUCCACUGCGCGAUGUGGUCGCUCAAGGCCAACCGGCUUGCCUUGACCUGCGAGUCAACCUGCACAAUCUACGACUUUGAUAAGCUUAAGAAGGGCAUCAUGUCGGAUGCGGUGCGCGACGUGCUCAUGGCGCGGGCCCAUUAA